AUGGAUCCCCUAGAAUCCCUGGCCCUGCCGCCCGCCAACCUCCCAAGGCCGCCAGCGUAUGCGCGGCCAGUCCUGAUCGACACGUAUUCGCACCUCCCCUCUCGCGCCAUCGAGCAAGGCGACGCCAGCAUGGUCUAUUACCGACCGGCACCGAUCGGCGCCGACCUGCGAUACGGGUUCGAGCGGCGCGUGGAGCGUGACGAAAGCGUGGAGGAACAUCUGGAUGGACUGAUCAUGACGGCCCCAUUCGAGGACCGCGAUGGUUGGGAGAUGAACUGCGUGCCCCUUGGCGGCUCGAUUUACCUCGAACUGGACGACCCUCCCGAGAAGCGCAGCUAUCGGGCAAAAGAUUCGGCCAAAUGGGCUCUCCAGAGCUAUAUGGGUUACUCUUACGAAAGCUUCUCAACUACCACGCCUGAAGGGGAUCCCGAAGACUCGCCAGAGGGAUGGAGCGGAGACGUGAACACCAAUGUGCAGUGGUGCAACAUCGUCCGCUCGGCGAUUGGCGAGAUUCCUCUCUGUCUCGGUGGCGAGGUGGACUGUGUUCAAGUGGGAGCGCCAAACCCAGGUCUCGACGCGUGUGUCGAACUCAAGACCAAUAAGGUCAUUGACAGCGACCGCGCCGACAUGGUCUUCCAUAAGAAGUUGCUCAAGCACUGGGCACAGAGCUUCCUCUUGGGCGUGCCGACUGUCGAGCUUGGAUUCCGAACCGAGGAAGGCAUCAUCGCCGAGCGCCACCUGUUCGAGACUGAGCGUAUACCCGCACUGGUCGCGUCGGGCCCACGGCCAGCAUGGUAUCCGACCCCAUGCCUGCACUUCUUGCACGCCGUCCUCGGCCUCUUGGUCCGUCACUUGCUCCCUGCAGACCCACGUCCACCAGGCGCGCCUCCCGUGUACGCGAGUGAAGGCAAUCUCCCGCCAGCACCGACUUUUAGGCUGAGGUUCACUCCGCGUCGUGGCGUAGAGUUGUUCCGCCUGCCCAGCGUGAACAGCGAGCGGUGGGGCGGUAUCCUGACCGAGGACUAUACGCGCCAUGUGCUGGAGCGUGAUGCAUAG